AUGAUGCUCAGUCCUCGCCACGCCGAGUCUGACAGGCCCUGGGUACAAACAGACUCUUCCAAUGUGCCCUGUGGGUCCGGGCCUGCCCAACUUGAGGCGUGUCGGGGCAAGGUGCGCUCCGUGAGUGUCCUCGCUCUGAGCAGGGAGGAGAGGAGGCGGCAGAGGCGUGCGACGGCUACGUACCGAUCUGCGCACGCCACCAGGGAGCGCGUCCGCGUGGUGGCCUUCAACGUGGCCUUUGCACAGCUGAGAAAGCUGCUGCCGAUUCUUCCACCAGAAAAGAGCUCGUCCAAGAUUGAGAUCCUGCGACUCGCGAUUUGUUACAUCUCCUACCUCGGGCACGUGCUGGAUGUUGAGGAGCACCAAUAA